AUGCCUCCUGCUCGUCAAGCAGCCCAGAAAGCCCGCUCGCUUUUUGCAGCUCCUGCGGAUUCGCAAGAAGAGAGCGGAUGGACGAGCGAAGAGAGAGAUUCGAGCAGUUUCGCAUCCAGCAGCAGCAGCAGCGUAUCGAUCCAGUCGGAGGCGAGCGAGAUGGUCAGCGAGGAUAAAUUGGAGAGAUUGAAGAAGAGGCGCAGAGUGGAUGCUGAUGUUGCGCACGCAUCGCCUCGGAAGAGCAAUCGCGCUGAGCGUGCCACGAUGCAGGGAUCCUGUUCGCGGGCGACUGAGCUGGCUAGGCAUCACUGCACAUCCUAUCACACUGCUCUGUUGCUCUCGCAAGCCGCACUGUGCUCUGCGAAAGAAAUCGCUCCACCAUCACACGGUAUCGAAGACGACUACGUGGCUAGCGCGAAGACGCUGGGAGCUCAGACGAGGCAAGCGCUACUGGAUUGGUACGAAGGAGUCAGCGCUGCGCGCAAAAUGCCGUGGAGAAGACCAUUCAUAGAUCCGGCAUUGUAUGUGGGCAAAGAGUCGGAGCUGAGGGAACUACUGAAAAGGAGAUCUUAUGAGGUUUUGAUUUCUGAAAUCAGUGAGUUUGCAGGGAUCAGACGAUUCGUGCUGUGACGGUGUCGGAUCCGCAAAAGUGCACUGCUCGCUUGGUCGCAUCUCGUCCGACGCCUCUGCCUCACAUUCACCAUCUGCCUCAUAUUCGUCGUCAACGAAUUGCAGUGCUGCAGCAGACCAGAGUGGAGACGGUCAUACCAUACUAUAAUCGAUGGCUGAGCAAGUGGCCAGGCAUCUCUGCGCUAGCUUCAGCCAGUCCUGAAGAAGUCUUGUCCAUGUGGAAAGGUCUAGGCUACUACUCUCGCGCCACUCGUCUCCAAAAAGCAGCUCAAUUGGUCCUUUCACACCCUACCUAUGAUGGUCUCUUGCCUUCUUCCAUGGAAGAGCUUUGCAAAGAUGUGCCGGGUGUUGGACCUUAUACUGCCGGAGCGAUAUCUUGUAUCGUCUUUGGUCAACCUGCACCCAUGAUGGAUGGAAACGCUUACCGCGUCUAUUCUCGUCAGAUGGGAUUGUACGCCGACAUGAGCAGCAAAAAGGUGCUCAAUGUGUUGGAGAGGGAAGCGAGAGCAUGUGUAGAGGCUGUGGCGAAGAGGGACACGAACGGCAAGACUCUGCCUAGCAAGAGCUGCGGGGAUUGGGGUCAGGCCAUCAUGGAACUGGGGGCGUGAGUGAUGGAGUUUGAUUUGGCACGAGUUGCUCUUUCGUCUUGCUACUCUGACCUCCCUGCAUCACCUUUCACAACCUUUUGCGGGCGUUCAGUACCAUUUGCACUCCCCUCAGACCUGACUGUCAGAGAUGUCCGAUUCGUCCUACGUGUCGAGCUUACGCCGAGGUACGUCGAAGCCAGCGGUCACUGCUAUGUCGCAAGACUUUCACGCCAGCUGACAUCACAGAAUCUUGAUCACAGGGAAGCACACUGGCUGCUGUCGCGCUUCGUCCAAACGACGAAACACACCGCUCCGUUGCGCGUUUUCUACACUCGUCUCCCGCAGUGUCGGAGGAGACAGACAUUGAAGAUUUGUGCACCCUGUGCGACCCGAUUGAAGAGGUAGUCUCCUCGCUGCCAAAGCGUCAGGGAGUCAUGAAAGCCUCGAGCGGCUCAGCGCAGGAGAAAGCCGCGACGAACAAGGUCCAGAGCACGCUCAACUUUGGUCGAGCUAGAACCGUCUCGAAUUUGCAACAAAGCCAACAUGUCAAGCCGGAGGGCACAGGCUCAAAUGCCGACGAUCAAAUUUCACAGCAGGCUGUGGACAUUGUCCGAGCUCACGUGCAGCGCUUUCCAAAAAAGGUGGUCAAGAAAGCGCCGAGGGAAGAGGCUUGUCUGGUGCUUGUGAUUCGAUCAAGCGAGGGAAAGGUUUUGAUCGAGCAGAGAGCAGAGAAGGGUGAGUGUGCAGUAGGAGAAGUACGGCUUGCCUAUCGAAGGCUCCGGCACAUUCGAAAACAGCGCUGCAGGGCACCGAGGCUUAUCCCAGCUUUGUGGUGGGUUACCUGUGAUCAGGCCUCUUGGCCGGCCUGUGGCAAUUCCCAGCAUCAUCCUUGCAAGGCGAAGCAAAGGACAAGAUUGAAGCUGUUGAAAUGCACAAGAGGACCACGGCCGACAAGAAGCAGACGAUCGUGCACGCUCAGAGCACUCCCCUGACAGAGCGCUCGGCGAUCUCGUCCAAGCAGGCGAUGGAAGCCGAAGCUGAGAGGCUUGCAUCUGCCCUCCUUCCCAAGAGCCUCGACUUCAAGGUCGCACGCCUGAAAGCUCGGGGGAAAAUCACCCACCUCUUCUCGCACAUCAAGUUGCACAUGCACGUCUACGAGCUGACUCUUCCCACCUCUAUUUCUCAAUCUUCGUUGCAUGCAGCCGCGUCUCGAUGCGCUCCAAAUGGGACUGCUGAGCGACAAGAACAUAGCAGGGAGAGCGCACCUUCGGUAUACGGUGCUGGGCCUUUGCCCAAGAGGGCGUGGGUCUCCAUCGACGAAUUGUCGCACUGCAGCUUGUCUACGGGCAACGUCAGAUGCUGGGAGCUCUCGUCCUUUGCUCAAUCUGCUGGUGCGCCCGGCAAGCGGAUAAAAAGAUGA